AGCUCUGGGUGUAGGCUAAUGCCUCAGCUCCUCAGCUCAGGCUCUGCUGCUCCACACGCUGCAUCAGCUGAUCAGUCACGUGCUCUGGUGUCGGGAGUCACCCUUUUGCAAAAUGGAGUUGUCUGAGUCGGUGCAGAGAGGGAUGCGAUCUCUAGCCGAGCCGUCCGCCUUCGACCAGAGCAGCUACGGGGUGCUGGUGGACGCGUCCUUCCGGAGCCUGCUCUCCGCUAAAGCCGAGCCCGGAGUCCUCGACCAGCCCGAGCUUAAGCAGAUCGACCAGAUACUGUUGAAACAGAGUCACACUGCAGCGACCACCUUCAUACUGGAGGCAGUCAAACACAACGCAGACAAGUCAGCGAUAAGCUCCUGCCUUGAAGAACUUGCAUUCAGUGCAGAGAGAAUAGAAAUAUUCUAUAGCACACACCAGGUGACACUAGAAACAUUAUCAAAAUUUCUUCUUCAUGUAUUCUUGUGUCGGUGGCUGAUCACUGAUCCAUGUUUUGUUUUACAGAAACAUAAAAAAGAACUGGAGCGUCUGUUAGCAAGCAUAGGAAGGUGCCCACCUCGGAUUAACGAUGCGUCAUGGCGUCUACAAUACCACGUGAAGAACGAUCAGGUUGAUAAGGUCAACGAGCCUUUCUACUUGAUUUCAUUGAACACUGAGAAUGAAGGAUUUGAGGAAGAUAUCAACUUCACCUGCACAGUGGAGCAGCUACAGGAUUUGGUGGGAAAGCUGAAAGACGCUGCCAAGAGUGUGGAGAAAGCCACAAAUGCGGGGCGGGCGAACUACAAGCCAUUUUGGGUAGGCUACGGUGUCAGUUUCCACGGAGCACACACACACACACACUGCUGCAUUUUACUGGGGGUGAAGCGGAUAUUUUGGAGGCAAAGUUAUCGGCGCCUAAGUGGGAGCCUUCCCGAGACGAAGCCGGAGGACUGGUCUCUCUCGAAGACGCGGAUCGGAUACGCUUACAGCGCGCAAGCGGCGAGGAAAAGAGGAGUUGUAUUUGCACAUCUGAAAUGCGCUCCGGUCCGCCGUGCGCUCACUGCCACUGACAGCGUCUGCAGCCUGCUUCAAGAUGGCGGCUCGGCUCCUAUUCAUUUUCUGCUGAUCGCCUCCCAACUUUCAUUGUCUAUUCGCCUCAAGACCCACCGAUUCCCAGCCGAGCCUCCAGGAUUGCUGUUCCUUUCUCUCAACAUGCAUCGGACGACCAGGAUAAAGAUUACUGAGCUCAACCCUCACCUCAUGUGCGUCCUGUGCGGAGGAUAUUUCAUAGACGCAACGACCAUCAUCGAAUGUCUCCACUCAUUUUGCAAGAUGUGCAUUGUGCGCUACCUGGAAACCAGCAAAUACUGUCCCAUCUGUGAUGUACAAGUGCAUAAAACCAAGCCUCUGCUCAACAUUAGGUCUGACAAAACUCUACAGGACAUUGUGUACAAACUGGUCCCCGGGCUCUUCAAAAAUGAAAUGAAGAGAAGGAGAGACUUUUAUGCGGAGCACCCCGUAGAUGCGUCUAAUGGAUCAAAUGAGGAUCGUGGAGAGGUGGCAGACGAGGACAAAAGAAUUAUUACAGAUGAUGAGAUCAUCAGCCUCUCUAUUGAGUUCUUUGAUCACAGCAGACUGGGAGGUGCAGUGGAGGACAAGCCGUCUAAAGAUCAGAAUAUGGUGGCUAACAAGAGGUACCUGCAGUGUCCAGCAGCCAUGACAGUCAUGCAUCUGAGGAAGUUUCUGCGCAGCAAAAUGGACAUCCCAAAUGCCUACCAGGUUGAAGUCAUGUAUGAAGAUGAACCUCUGAAAGAUUACUACACGUUAAUGGAUAUAGCAUAUAUCUACACUUGGAGAAGGAACGGCCCUUUGCCGCUUAAGUACAGAGUCCGACCUAACUGUAAGAAGAUGAAGGUGAGCCACGCGCAGCAGGAAGGCCAGAACAGCGCGAGCAGAUCCGGUCCCGAGAGCGAUUCUGCCAGCGACAAAGCCGGAAGUCCCGCCGGGGCUCCGUCCACUUCCUCGUCGCUGCCGAGCCCCGGCACGCCUGCGCAGUCCCCGCACCCACAGCUCCCUCACGGCCCCGUUAACGUCAACGGGACACCGACCGCCGCCCCUCCGACCCCCAGCCGACCCUUCACUCAGUUCGGCAGCGGUAGCAGCGGCGGCAACAAGCCCCGGAAGGUUUCUCUGAACGGCUCUUCGACCUCCUCCGGAUGACGCGGGGCUCCGAACCGGACCAGCCAACGCCAGACACCCGCUCAGCUCUAGGCCUAGCCUACUGUCUUCAUGCCAACGUAGUUCCAUUGUGUAGACAAUGUUAUCUCUCUUUCUCUCUCCAUUUGUUGUUCUAAAUAUUAUGGCAUCAUGUAAGUUUCAACGUAGUGGAAUCGGAGACAUUUCAAAAUAAAAAGGAAUGAGGAAGUUGGGUGGCAUGGGACGUUUUUAUAACAUGAAAGCAGAUUUUGAUGUUGACAAAAAAAAAAAAAGAAAGUUGGAAAGGAGAAGGACAAGCAUUUAGCCUAUCCCAUUUUAAAGCUACAUCUUUAUUUUACAGAAGUGACUGAAGAUAUACUUUUAUAUUUUCUUUUACGAUUUUCUAAACGUGUGUAGGCUAUCAUGAUUAUUUCAUGUGUGUUGGGAUCUUUUGAAACAGUCAGUUUAAACAUGCAUGCUCAUGAUAACACAUUUUCUUUAAUGAAAGAGGAUUCUGCGUGUUUGCCAAGUCUCAUUUUGACGGGUUUUUGGAAGUGUUUCAGGCAAUGAUCUUGUUCCAACAUAAGGAACACGAGUUUGCAUGGCGCUGUUGGCUUCGUGGAAAACAUGCCUCUGGGGGGAAAAAAAUGCCUUUUUACUGGAAAAAAAAAACAACUGUUUCUUGUAGCUGCAGUGGAAUCGGAUUGCUUAUCCUCCACGUCUUUAACACGUUAUAAGCAGUUUUAGAGAAUCCACGUGUAAAUAGAAACAAAAUGCAUAUUUAAUCAGCGAUGAUGUUAUUCUCUUAUUCCCCUUUUUGUUCUGAGGGGAUGACUUGGGCUCCUGAUCAGCUCCAUUUCAUGCUCAAUGACAGAUGUUUUGAUGUCUCCCGUGUUUUCCGUAUUUUGUAUCGCUCGAUUGUAUGGACAACUUAUUGUAUUGUUACUGUUGCACAGUAUAAAACAUCUAAAUAAAACAUUUUACACUUAAA